CAAACUUUAAUAAAGAUUAAUAUUAUAAAAAUGGAUAAUAUAUCCCAUUUAAAUAUGCCAGAAUUUAGCGGAGGUCAAAACUCCUCGAGAUCUGCAACAGUAUUAAACACCUGCAUUUGUUGUUUGGCAGUAAAUGUUCCGCUUGUGAAAUUAACAAAUUGUAAACACGUAGAGUUUUUUGAGUAUAUCCUUGAGGUUAAGUUAGAGUAUCUAGCAACGUUCGUCUGCUACGCAUGUCAUGGCACACUCAAGGAUAUUUACCAGUUCAAGAGACAGGUGGAAGAUAGUCUCUCAAAUCUUAACAAACGGGUUAAAAACUUAAAUCUGAACAACACAAAACUUUCUAAACUCACACAAGCUGAUAUAGAAAUAUUCCACACUCAGAACUCACAGCCCCUUGAAAAGGAGGUCAUCAAAAUAAAAACCGAAACUGAAAUCGAAAUUGAACUCGAACAAGAAUGCUCUGAUCCCGAGAAUGAUGUUCCAUUAUCGAUGAUUAAAGAAAAAGAUAAAGGUCCUAAAACCCCGUUCUUCUUAAAUCGGAAUCCGGAGAAUGAUAUUCCAUUAUGGGUGAUUAAUGAAAAAGAUAAAGCUCAUAUUACUCCGUUCUUCUCAAAUGUGGAUCCGGAGACUGUCUCAUUACCACCUAAAGAUCCCAAUAUUUCAUUCUUCUCACAUAUGUAUCCGGAGAUUGUCCCAUUACCGGUGAUUCAAGAGAAACGUAAAGAUGCUAAUAUUUCAUUCCUCGCACAUAGGAAUCUGGUGACCGAUGACCCAUUAUGGGUGAGGGCUCCGGAGAAUGGUGUCCCAUUACAGGGGAUUAAAGAAAACAAUGCAGAUCCUAAUGUUUCAUACUUCUCACAUAGGGAUCCGGAGAAUGUCCCAUUACCGGAGAUUAAUGAAAAAGAUAAAGAUCCUAAUACUGCUUUUUUUAAACGUAAGUAUCAAGGGAAGUUUAAAUUAGUGGAUAUAAAUGAGGAAGAAAUGUGGGAGGAGAGGAGAAAAGAAGCGGCAAAAGAGAAAUAUUUGAAAUUGCCGUACAAAUGUGAGAGUUGUGUCCUCGGGUUUGCCCUUGAGCCGAGUUUGGAAGAACAUAUGGAAAGGAGACAUACUGAGACAAGCGGCAGUGUCACGUGUGUGAUAUGUAAGGUGUGCCAUUCCGUGGCAGCUUUAGAGCAACACAUAAAACGGCACUAUAGGAGGGUCGACUGUGUCGUAUGCGGGGCGCGCUACAAUACGAUGUACGCCGCUCAGUCGCAUUACGACAAAAUGCAUGAGACUUCACCUACACACAAGUGCGAGGAAUGUGGAUAUACUACAACUUACCUCCGCAGCAUGCGCCGUCAUCGUCAGAGACACAAGGGCAAAGUGAACUGCGAGCAAUGUGGGAAACAAUUUGUUAGCAACAUGAGUCUCAGAGACCACGUGAAGAAAUUCCACAAAGCCUCAAACCGCACGUACUCCUGCACGGUAUGCUCUAAAGUGUACCGGACCAGCAGCACCUGCAUAGCUCACAUGAAAAGCGCACACGGCCCGCGCCCGCCCCCGCCCCCGCCCGCAGCCGACAGCGGGGCCUACUGCGAGCCGUGCAACACGCACUUUCGCACGAAACAGACCCUCAAGCACCACCUGAAGACGUCCCGCAAACAUACCAAUGAAGAUGAUAAAACAUUCGUAUGCAGCGAGUGCGACGCGCGCUUCUUUACGGAGCGCAAGCUGCAAGAACACGUGGAGUGGAAGCACGGCACAAGCGACCAGAAUAAGUGCGACGAGUGCAAUAAAGUAUUCAGAAGCAGUACUGGGUUGAGAUAUCAUAUAAAACACGUUCACCAGAAAGAUACACUACUCCGGAAUAAGAUAUGCGACCACUGCGGCCGCGGUUUUACGUCGACGACGAUCUUGCGCAAUCACAUCCGCACGCACACCGGCGAGCGGCCGUUCGCGUGCGCGCACUGCCCGGCCACCUUCGCGCACCCCGCCGCGCGUUACACACACAUCAAGUUAGUGCACAAAAAGAAGAAAACGUUGACUUGAGAUAUUAUAAUUGUAUCAGAGGACGCGUUAAAAGCAGGAUGGCCGUGUCGGAUUGUGGUAAAUUAAUCAAAGCGCCAUCUGUUAUUUUAUUAAAGA